UAAGGCGUCGAAUUAUCGAAUCAGACAGUGAUGAUUCAAGUGGAAGACCCCCCAUCCGCUUUGGAGACAAUUAUCCCUAGUAGUAGGGAAAUUAUCAGGGGAUCAUUUCUAAAACGAGGCAUUCCUGACGCGGCGAUACCAAUAUUGAUUGAUUCAAUAAGUAAAGCGACUUUUAAACAAUAUGCAGGAACAUAUAAAAAAUGGUGGUUAUUUUGCCAGCGUAAUAAGGUAGACAUUUACCAGGCAAAUGUUGGAAAUAUUAUUGCUUUUCUUAAUGACCUUUUUUUAAACAAAGCAUCAUAUACGACUUUAAAUACUCAUCGGUCAGCAUUAUCAUUAAUUCUAAAUUACAGUAAUGGGGAUGAAAUUUUGAUUAAGAGAUUCCUUAAGGGUGUGUACAGGGCUAAGCAAUGCUUUCCAAAAUACAAGACAACAUGGGACCCCCAGCCAGUCUUGGAAUAUCUAAAGAAAUUAUACCCGUUAAAUACACUUUCUUUGGAAAUGCUUACAAAAAAACUCGCAUCGUUAUUAUUAUUGGCAACGGGACAGAGACUCCAAACUAUUUCUAAGAUUAAAAUUCAAAAUAUUCAUGGUAUAGAAUCCUCAAAAAUUAAAAUUUUUAUCACAGAAAUACUUAAAACAUCAAGUUAUAAUCGUCAGCAGCCAGUUUUAGAGUUCAAUUAUUUUACAGAAUGUCCGGAGUUAUGUGUAGCGAAUACAUUAAAGGCAUAUUUGUUAAGAACAAGUUCAUUAAGAAAAGAUACUGACGAGUAUCUUAUGCUUACAUUUAAAAAGCCCCAUCAUAUAGCUAGUUCCCAAACUAUUGGCCGUUGGAUAAAAAAUAUAUUAAAAAUUAGUGGAAUUGAUACAAACAAGUAUCAUUCUCACAAUACGAGACAUGCUACAACCUCAGCGGCUUUUAGGAAGGGAAUUGGUAUAGAUCAAAUCAAAGAUACUAUAGGAUGGUCUCAAAGCUCGCAAGUGUUCCAGAAAUUUUACAAUCGGCCUUUAGAAGGCAAUAAAUUAAAUUUUGUAGAAUUAAUUCAGGGAAAUAAUUAAUAAUUUUUAAGAUAUAUGUAUCUCAGAUCUUUCAUAAUUAUAGAAAAUAAAUGUUUAUGUAAUAUUUUGUUUACCUGCUAAGGUAUUAUACUUAGGUUUAAGUGUUGAUGAUAUUUUUUUUUGAUUGUGUUUUUUGUUAUAAACAGAAGGUAAAUAAAUUUAAGGUUUUGCUUACUGGGAAAUAUUAGAAUUAUGUUUAAAUAUAUUAUAUUUUUAGAAAUUUCUAUACAUAACUUGUUUAAUUUAACUGCCAACAAAAAAUAGAAUUUUAGGGCCUUUAAACAUCUACAUGUAUAAUAUCUAUUUGGACGAGUAUACGAAAUAUAAUUUUAAGAACAAACGACUUACCUGUAGGAAGUUC